GUAUGUGUUAUCAACCAACUAAAUUCGCCGCAAUAGAUUUGGGAGCGACUUCAAAUUAUAUAAUUGUAUGCUCAAAGCAACGACGCCUAUCUAGGCGACUAUCUCCCAGCGCUGAGCUCGAAAACAUCUCAGUGCGAGAACUGGCGAAAUGGCACGUAGAGCUGGCUGCAGAAAGAAAAGCAUAAAUCGGCCUACACGAUGAGCGAGUAGGCAGUCGUACAGAGUUUUUGCAGCCGUUCAGUAGUCAACGCAACAUAAAAUAUCCAAGCAACGACAGUAUUUUUGUGGAUCACUGAACCGAACAAGAAGAUCAUCAAACGCAAGUCAGCUGGUCCAGACAAACCAACUUAACCCACGAACAUUCAUACAUACAAAUUUGUCUACAUUAAUUUUGCGUAGUGUCUUCGGAUCAUAUAAUAUACAAGCGCAUACAUGCUUGUAUAUAAAUAUGUAUGUACGUAUAUACAAAUGAAUAUCUACUGAUAUGUGUUUUAUCCGAGUGAAAACGUAUUUGAUGUCGAGACGCCGUAAAAGUGUCUAUUAUUGUUAAAAGGAAAAUCUCUGCAAAUGAAAAAUCGCUAAGUUCGUAUAAAAAUUUAAUCGAAAAUUUUAGCGUUGAGUGAAAAACAUUCGCGGAACAUUAAUUAUUUGGUUUCAAGGGUCAUAUUCAUGCCUUGCAUACGUCAGCAGACAAAUAAUGCAAAUUUGCGAAAGGACAGCCACGAAAAAUAGUAAAAAAAAGGAAACAGCUAACAUUGUAUAAUCGUGUUAAAAAAUAAAAUAAAAUAACUGUGAAAAACCAUUCGUUUUAUUUGUUAAAUAUUGGCUCAAUUAAAAAUUUGUGAGAGUACAGUGUUUUUGUUUGCGAACCUUGUAUGGUCAGAGUUAUGAAAGUGCCACCAUAUACACUGCCACCCUAUCGAAAUAAAAGAAACCCGAAAUAUCCAUUCGACGCAUCUAAAAGUUGUCAUACAAAAUUCGAGAUUGUCGCACUGGCGAAGGAUGGCAACCUUAAGUCGAAAUUAAAAAAGUUACAAAUAUAUUUUAUGUUUAAUAAUUUAUGUAAACGGAAAUCCAUAGAUUUCGAACAGCACUUGAUAAAAAUAUUGACAAUAAAAACACAAAAUACUUCGUUGAUCAUUAUUGAACGAAGUUUCGUGAGUGUUGUGAAAUCGAUCAAAUUAAUUGUUGGUUGAAAAGUUCAAGUUUCAGUUGAGUUGAACGGGACAAGUGCAGUGAUAUUGGCGUAGAUAUUUGACAAAUUCUUAUUUACAGUGCUUCAAUAUUUUAUUAAGGUCGCAUUAUAAAAUCAACUCACAGACAAGACAAAUAAACUGCAGAAAUGGUUGGUAUUGCUGCCGGCUCCAGCGAGCACAGUAUGUCGUCGACGAAGAAUCCUAUGAUAAAGUAUAUGUUGAAAGCACGCGAGAAUCAUGCACGUAAUCAGAAAUAUGACUAUUCCCAUGUCUUUCGUCGAAAGACACGUUUCGAAAUGUUUCGGCUCUCCGUUAUUGCAAUGGCCAUUGAGUUCGCCUAUGCUGCAGAAACGUCAUUCGUUUCGCCGAUAUUGUUACAGAUAGGCAUUGACCACAAACUCAUGACUAUGGCUUGGGGUGUUUCCCCGAUAAUCGGUUUCUUUAUCUCACCGCUAUUAGGUUCGAUAAGUGAUCGUUGUACACUUAAUUGGGGGAGACGUCGACCGAUUAUAACUUUCCUGUCGGUGGGUAUAUUACUUGGUUUGAUAUUGGUACCAUGGGGAAACGAUCUUGGGAUAUUAUUGGGUGAUGUCGGUUAUAAUGUAACACCAACCAGCAAUUUGAGUGCUAUGAAUGAUGGAUUAGCGGCUGCUUUGAUAUCGAAUGAUGUGGACAGUGCAGCGGGCCCACUACCGUCUAAUUUCAAAUUUGCUGCAAUAUUGACUAUUUUGGGUAUGGUGUUGUUGGAUCUGGAUGCUGAUACGUGUCAAACACCAGCUCGUACGUACAUGCUGGACGUGUGUAUACCCGAGGAUCAAGCUCGUGGGCUCACCACUUUUUCACUGCUUGCGGGUUUCGGUGGUACAAUUGGCUACGCUAUUGGAGGUAUCGAUUGGGAGAAGACGAAAUUUGGUGCAGCACUCGGCGGUAAUAUUCCUACCGUUUUCGGAAUGGUAACCAUUAUAUUCAUAGUUUGUUACUUUGUCACCAUUACAACGUUUCGCGAAAUUCCGCUAAACCUGAUCGAGCGUGACGAAAUGUUGAGACCCCUUUCAGCGUCAGCUAUAAAGAAGGAAAUCAGUAAAAAGAAUAAUGCCGUCUACUACAUUAAAGAGACUGAUGUACUGGAGCUACAAAAUGCCACAGCGGAAAGGAAUUACAACACAAUGACUCCAAUGGAGAGCUAUCAGAAUGGUUUUUCACCGUCUAUGGCAAUUACAGAUAAAUCAAACGAGCCAUCUCAAUCAAAUAACACAAACAACAAGAGUACUAUAGCUAUUGAAUUGGAUGAAUGUGUGCAUACGCCUAUAACUUUGGCAAAGUAUCUGAAGAGUAUUUUUGUCAUGCCGAAAUCAAUGCGCAUACUCGCUUUAACGAAUCUGCUUUGCUGGAUGGGUCAUGUCACGUAUUGUUUAUACUUCACGGACUUUGUAGGCGAAGCUGUAUUCAAUGGUGAUCCAACCGCUUUACCCGGCACAGAAGCAGCUCAGUUAUAUGAGACUGGCGUUCGUUUUGGCUGCUGGGGCAUGUCUGUGUAUGCUCUAUCCUGCUCCAUCUACUCGAUUUCAGUUACAAAGCUAAGGAAGCUGUUAGGUACAAAGGUUGUCUAUAUUACUGGUAUUGUGUAUUAUGGCUUCGGCAUGUUGAUAUUGGCCAUUUGGCCAACCAAGUGGGGUGUAAUUGUAUUCAGUACUUCAGCCGGCAUAUUAUAUGGUACUAUUUCCACAAUCCCAUACAUUUUAGUGGCCAAUUAUCAUGCUAAAGAUUGUUUUCGCAUGCACAAUGGUGAGUCGGUUCCACUUAAACAAGCUCGCGGUUUAGGCACCGACGUGGCCAUCAUAAGCAGUAUGGUAUUCAUAGCGCAACUGGUAAUCUCGCUGUCUAUAGGUCCAUUGAUUUCCUGGAUGCAGACAACGUGUGCUAUAUUAUAUGCGUCUACGUUUUUAGCAUUUUUCGCCGCAAUAUCAGCCAUGUUUGUCUUAUACGUUUAAGAUUCAAUAGCAUUACUACAUAGAUUAGUUACCAAAAAUUACUCAUGUCCCAUAAAAUUAUUAGUUUAAAAUAUUUUCUUGUAAAUUUAUUCGAAUUAAAUCAAUUUUAAAUAUUAA